AUGCGCUCUGCACUGCUGGCCGCCGUCAUCGCCGCGGCCGCCGUCCAGGCCGCGCCCUCACCGAUUGCCCGGCGAGGCUACGACAACCACAAGCUGCGGUUUAGACCCGACGGAAGCUUUCACCUAACAGUCUUUAACGAUCUUCAUUUUGGCGAAAAGGCAGAUACCGCCGAGGGCCCGCGGCAAGACGAGAAGACGAUCAACGUCAUGAACAAUGUGCUCGACUCAGAUCCCGUAGACCUGGUGGUGCUCAACGGGGACCUCAUCAGCGGCGAUGCCUCCCAGGCGAAGAACAUGUCGGGCUACGUCGACGACAUCGUGCAGCCCAUGAUGAAGCGCGGGACGUUCUGGGCUUCCACCUACGGCAACCACGAUAGCAGUCAGACCCUUGACCCGAGGAAUAUCCUUGAGCGCGAGAAGCAGCACCCCGGCGCUCUCACGGAGCGAAUGGUCAUGGGCAGAGACGCCGGCGUCACCAACUACUGGCUCCCCGUCUACGCCUCCAACUGCACCAAGGAAGACUCGUCCGACGACCCCUGCGCGCCGAACCUCCUGCUGUGGUUUUUCGACAGUCGCGGCGGCAAGGUCUUUGGCGCCACCGGCGAGGACGGCAAGCCCGUGCCCCGGGCCGACUGGGUCGACCGCGACGUCGUCAGAUGGUUCCGCAAGGAGAGCGUGAGGCUCCGACGCAAGUACCGCAAGGUCAUCCCCUCCCUCGCCUUCGUCCACAUCCCGACCAACGCCACGAGCCUGAUCCAGCGCAAGGUCAAGGGCGACCAGAACCCGGGCAUCAACGACGAGACGCCCGUGUCGCCGCAGGCGCAGGACUGGUGCCCCGACGGGACCUGGGGCGGGGGCAACCCCAACUGCCGCUACGGCGGCCAGGAUGUCCCCUUCAUGCAGGCCCUGUCGGGCACCGAGGGCCUCCUGGCCGUCUUCUCCGGCCACGACCACGGCAACACGUGGUGCCGCCGCUGGAGGGAGGUCCUGCCGGGGACCUUUGUGCGCGGCAACAACAUCCACCUCUGCUACGGCCAGCACGCGGGCUACGGCGGCUACGGCGACUGGGUCCGCGGCGGCCGCCACAUUGUCGUCACCGAGGAGAUGCUCCAGCAAAAGGCCCUGCAGACGUGGAUCCGUCUCGAGACCAAGAACGUGGUCGGCCGCGUCACCCUCAACAGCACGUUUAACGAGGAUAGAUAUGCCGUCACGAGCAACGACAAGACGCAUUUAUAG